UUCAUGACACUCCAAAUCUCCCAGUGAAGAAUGAAUGAUAUGGAGGAGGGGGAUUGUCAAAUUGAAUCAAAAAACAGUUUCUUGUUAUGAUUAAUCCCUCCUGGAUAAUUUUCGCAACGUUUGGCGUGACAAGCAGCACAGUGGAGGAAUAGUAUGAGAUGGGAAUGAGGUAUUUCUUAUUCAACUAGCAAGCUAGCUGACUUUAGCUAUAGGCUCACAUAGCCAGCAGCAUCAGUACUGUAGUUCAUAAUAGACUAACAAAACAAAGGAAAAUGUACUUUCUCUACACAAUUAUCGCGUCUUUAGCCGUUUUCUUCAUUUUGAAAUGGUUGAAAAAGAGGAGAUAUUGCACCGACCUAAGAAGACUUGAUGGCAAAACAAUUCUCAUUACAGGUGGGAAUUCUGGCAUUGGCAAGGAGACAGCCAUUGCCUUGGCCAUGAGAGGUGCUCGGGUCAUCAUCGCCUGCAGAGACCCGGACAAGGCUGAGAAGGCUGUGAGGGAGAUCAAGUUGAAGAGUCACAGCCUUAACGUCCUCCACAUGGAGCUGGAUCUGGCCAACCUGAGCUCUGUGAGGGAGUUCUGUAAGAGCUUCCUGCAGAGAGAGAAGAAGCUUGACAUCCUGGUCAAUAAUGCAGGCAUGCCCGGUGUCCUCGAGUGGACAGACAACAACUUCAGCAUGUGUUUUGGCGUCAACCACUUGGGUCACUUCCUGCUAACCAACCUGCUUCUGCCUCGCCUGAAGGAAUGUGCCCCCAGCCGGGUGAUCACCCUCACAUGCUCCAGCUACAAAUACCAGAAACUGGACUUCCAGGACCUCAACUACAACCAGCUGCCCUUCUUCACCUACUGCCGCAGCAAGCUGGCUAACAUCUACUUCAGUCAGGAAGUGGCCCGCAUCACUGAAGGGAAAGGAGUGACCUCCUAUGCUGUGCACCCCGGUUUCGUCCAAAGUGGCUGGACGUGCCACUACUCCAUCCUGUUCCGGAUGCUGGUGCAGGUGAUCAUGUGGAUGUUUUUUGUGCCGUGUGAGAUCGGAGCUCAGACUGUCAUCUACUGUGCUGUGUCAGAUGAAGCAGCCAAACACAGCGGGGGUUACUUCAUCGACUGCAGACCAGCUACUCUGCGUCCUUUCGCAAGAGACGCUGCUGUGGCAAAGAAACUUUGGGAGGCCAGUGAGAGACUGGUGAACCUGGCCUGAUGGGAAGCUGG